CGCGGCUUCGCGGAGGUCAGGUGACCGGGGACAGGCGGCCCAUUCUCGGCUUCUCCUUGGCUCUGGCUCCGAUGUCGGGGGUGUUUCUGCCUGGAAGAAAUGGACUCUGGCAAUGCCGGAAUUUGAUCAGUCGCAGAUCCGACCCGCCGAGUCUGUGAAUGGCGCCAAAACAGGACCCUAAACCUAAAUUUCAAGAAGGUGAAAGAGUCCUGUGUUUUCAUGGGCCAUUGCUCUAUGAGGCCAAGUGUGUGAAGAUCAACAUCAAGGAGAAGCAGAUUAAAUACUUCAUUCAUUACAGCGGAUGGAACAAAAACUGGGAUGAAUGGGUUCCUGAAAGCAGAGUUCUCAAAUAUGUGGACAGCAACCUUGCCAAACAAAAAGAGCUUCAAAAGGCCAAUCAGGACCAUUAUGUGAGGGAAAGAUGAGGGGUUUUAGCGCCGAGCAAGAAGAUUGCUGCUGUGCAGCAGAAAAAUGUCGACCUGAAAGUGAAAAAGGCAAAACAAAAGACGCCGGGGCCGGGCGAAGGCACCAGCGGCGGGGAGCCGCCCCAGGGGCCCCGCAAGAAGAGGGCCCGGGUGGACCCCACCGUGGAGAGCGAGGAGAUGUUCACCAACCGUGUGGAGGUGAAGGUGAAGAUCCCGGAGGAGCUGAAGCCCUGGCUGGUGACGACUGGGACUCAUCACACGGCAGAAGCAGCUGUUUCAUCUUCCUGCCAAGAAGAGCGUGGAGACGGUGCUGGAGGACUAUGCAAACUACAGAAGUCAAAGGAAACUCCGACAACAAGGAGUACGCGGUCAGCGAGGGUGGGUGGCGGGAAUCCGGGAAUACUUCAACGUCAUGCUGGGAACGCAGCUGCUCUACAAGUUCGAGCGGCCGCAGUACGCUGAGAUCCUGUCGGAGCGGCCGGACGUGCCCGUGUCUCAGGUGUACGGCGCGCCGCACCUGCUGCGCCUCUUCGUCCGGAUCGGAGCCAUGCUGGCCUACACGCCUCUGGACGAGAAGAGUCUGGCUCUGCUGCUCAGCUACCUGCAGGACUUCCUCAAGUACCUGGUCAAGAACUCCUCCACGCUCUUCAGCGCCGCCGACUACGAGGUGGCGCCGCCCGAGUACCACCGCAAGGCCGUGUGACGGCACACACACACACACACACACACACACACACACACACACACACACACACACAACACACACACACACACACACACACACACACACACACACACACACACACACACACACGUGGUUCGGAGGAGGGAGCGGACUCGGUGUGUGUGGUCCUCUCCUCCACCAGCUGUGUGUGUGUGUGUGUUCUCACACUCUCUUUUGUUGCAUGUGUGUAUUUAUUAGUGUUUGUCUGCCUCCAACCACGUCGCUCUUCUUUUGUAUUUUGUGAAUUUGUAUCGACUUGUUAAAAAAAAGUUUUUACACA